UUUGGGGCCAGUAGGUACAGGUUCCCCUUUGCUCCUCCUGCGGCCACUUCUGCGCUGUACAGCUUCCUGAGGGAGCCUGAAGGACUUUUUGCAGCCAUGAGAGGGCCUCACUGGAGGGUUCCCUGGGUGUGUCUGAGCUGCUUGUGUUCUUGCCUCUUCUGGCUAUCCGCAACAACACCGGAGCCAUACUCUUCUCUUCCCAGCACCACCAGCACAACUCAGUACACGGAAGCGUCCACCUCAACAGCCUCUACAGAUAUGAUGUCAAGUAACACAAGACAAACAUCACCAGUGGAUAUGCAAAGUUCCACAUCUAUCACUACAGAAUUCUCAACAAAAACGUCAACACAUGUCCUGUCAAUUGUGACGACACCCAUCACAUCUACUCAGGAACUGUCAACACUAUCUCAGAAACAACACCCUGAAAGCACGAAAACCAGCAGCAAACCUCAAACCACCAGCCUCAGAGAGGUGACCACAACAACUGCUUCAUCCUUCACAAGUCAAAACACUCUGAUAUGGACUGUUUCCCCCAAAACAACCUCCCCACAUGCUCCCAGCAUGAGCAGCUCACUUCUAAGUACACCCUCCACAGAAAUCACCUCAGUAGACACAGCGUACACAAUUCCAAGGAUUACUCCAGGCUCUACAACAACCUCCACAGAAGUCUCCAUGACAUCUUCACAAACGCUGUCAACAGUGUCAACACCCAUCACAUCUACUCAGGAAUCAUCAACAUUAUCCCAGAACCAACACAGUGAAAGCAUGGAGACCAGCAGCAAACCUCAAACCACCAGCCUCACAGAGGUUACCACAUCAACUCCUUCAUCCUCUUCAAGUGAUUUAAUUCCCACAACCAAAAGGUCCCAAGUGACAUCAUCUCCACAUGAAACAACCAACCCAUCUGCUUCUAGUGUCAGCAAUAUGUCUCCAACCACACCAGACACGCACAGCCCAACUCCCUCUACAGACUCUGCUCCAGAAAACACAACUCCAGGGAUUACUCCAAGCUCAACACCAACCAGAACAGGAGUCUCAAUGACAUCUCCUCCACACACACUCUCUACAGUGUCAACACCCAUCACGUCUACUCAGGAAUCGUCCACACUUUCUCAGAACCAACACACUGAAAGCAUGGAAACCAGCAGCAAACCUCCAACCACCAGCCCCACAGAGGUGACCACAUCAUCUUCUUCAUCCUCUUCAAGUGGACCCUCUUGGACAUGGACUGUUUCCCAGGGAACAACCUCUCCUGUUGAAUCAACCACCCCACAUGCUCUCAGCAUGAGCAGCUCACUUGCAAGUAUACCAGACAUGUUUAUGACAACACCCUCCACAAAAAACACCUCAGUAGACACAGGGCACACAACUGCAAUAGUUACUCAAGGUUCUACAUCUGCCACCACAGACGUCGCAAUAACAUCUCCUCCACACACACUCUCUACAGUUUCAACACCCAUCAGGUCUACUGAGGAAUCAACACUUUCUCAGAGCCAACACACUGAAAACAUGGAGACCAGCAGCAAAUCUCAAACCACCAGCCUCACAGAGGUGACCGCAUCAACUCCUUCAUCCUUUUCAAGUGGUUCAACUCCCUCAACCACAAGAUCCCAAGUAACAUCAUCUCCACAUGAAACAACCAACCAAUCUACCUCCAGUGUCAGCAACAUGUCCCCAACCACACCAGACACGCACAGCCCAACACCCUCUACAGACUCUACUCCAGAAAACACAACUCCAAAGAGUACUCCAAGCUCAACAACCAGCACAGAAGUCUCAAUGACAUCUCCUCCACACUCACACUCUACAGUGUCAACACCCAUCACAUCUACUGAGGAAUCACCAACACUUUCUCAGAGCCAACACACUGAGAGCAUGGAGACCAGCAGCAAACCUCCAACCACCAGCCCCACAGAGGUGACCACAUCAUCUCCUUCAUCCUCUUCAAGUGAACCCUCUUGGACAUGGACUAUUUCCCAGAGAACAACCUCUCCUGAUGAAUCAACCACCCCACAUGCUCAAAGCAUGAGCAGCUCACUUCCAAGUACACCCCCCACAGAAGCCACCUCAGCAGACACAGGGCACACAACUGCAAUAGUUACUCAAGGUUCUACACUUGCCAACACACAGGCCUCAAUGACACCUUCAACGCAGGAAUUGUCAAGUGUGUUAACACCCAUCACGACUACUCAGGAAUCCUCAACAAUAUCCCAGAACCAACACACUGAAAGCAUGGAGACCAGCAGCAAACCUCCAAACACCAGCCCCACAGAGGUGACCACAUCAUCUUCUUCAUCCUCUUCAAGUGUACCCUCACUGACAUGGACUGUUUCCCAGAGAACAACCUCUCCUGAUGAAUCAACCACCCCACAUGCUCAAAGCAUGAGCAGCUCACUUCCAAGUACACCCCCCACAGAAACCACCUCAGCAGACACAGGGCACACAACUGCAAUAGUUACUCAAGGUUCUACAUCUGCCACCACAUACGUCUCAGUGACAUCUUCACCACAGACACUGUCAACUAUGUCAGCACCCAUGACAUCUACUCAGGAAUCGUCAACAUUUUCUCAGAGCCAACACACUGAAAGCAUGGAGACCAGCAGCAAACCUCCAACCACCAGCCCCACAGAAGUGACCACAUCAUCUCCUUCAUCCUCUUCAAGUGGACCCUCUUGGACAUGGACUGUUUCCCAGGGAACAACCUCUCCUGAUGAAUCAACCACCCCACAUGCUCAAAGCAUGAGCAGCUCGCCUCCUAGUACAACCCCCACAGUAACCACCUCAGCAGACACAGGGCACACAACUGCAAUAGUUACUCAAGGUUCUACACUUGCCAACACACAGGCCUCAAUGACACCUUCAACACAGGAACUGUCAAGUGUGUCAACACCCAUCACGUCUACUCAGGAAUCCUCAACAAUAUCCAAGAACCAACACACAGAAAACAUGGAGACCAGCAGCAAACCUCAAACCCCCAGCCUCACAGAGGUGACCACAUCAACUCCUUCAUCCUCUUCAAGUGGACCCUUACUGACAUGGACUGUUUCUCAGAUAACAACCUCUUCUGAUGAAACAACCUCCCUACAUGCUCAAAGCAUGAGCAGCUCACCUUCAGUUACACCCUCCACAGAAACCAUCUCAGUAGACACAGCGUACACAAUUCCAAGGAUUACUCCAGGCUCUACAACAACCUCCACAGAAAUCUCAAUGACAUCUCCUCCACUCAUUCUCUCUACAGUGUCAACAACCAUCACUUCUAUUCAGGAAUCAUCAACAGUAUCCCAGAACCAACACACUGAGAGCAUGGAGACCAGCAGCAAAUCUCAAACCACCAGCCCCACAGAUGUGACCACAUCCUCUUCAAGUGGACCCUCGCUGACAUGGACUGUUUCCCAGAGAACAACCUCUCCUGAUGAAUCAACCACUCCACAUGCUUCCAGCACGAGCAGCUCACUUGCAAGUAUACCAGCCAUGUUUACGACAAUACCCCCCACAGAAAACACCUCAGUAAACACAGGUUCUGCAUCUGCCACCACAGAAAUCUCAAUGACAUCUCCUCCACACUCACACUCUACAGUGUCAACACCCAUCACAUCUACUGAGGAAUCAUCAACACUUUCUCAGAGCCAACACACUGAGAGCAUGGAGACCAGCAGCAAACCUCCAACCCCCAGCCUCACAGAGGUGACCACAUCAACUCCUUCAUCCUCUUCAAGUGGGCCCUCACUGACAUGGACUGUUUCCCAGGGAACAACCUCUUCUGAUGAAACAACUACUCCACGUAUUUCCAGCACAAGUAGCUCACCUCCAAGUACACCCCCCACAGAAACCACCUCAGCAGACAUAGGGCACACAACUGCAAUAGUUACUCAAGGUUCUACACUUGCCAAUGCACAGGCCUCAAUGACACCUUCAACACAGGAAUUGUCAAGUGUGUCAACACCCAUGACAUCUAUUCAGGAAUCCUCAACAAUAUCCAAGAACCAACACACAGAAAACAUGGAGACCAGCAGCAAACCUCAAACCCCCAGCCUCACAGAGGUGACCACAUCAACUCCUUCAUCCUCUUCAAGUGGACCCUUACUGACAUGGACUGUUUCUCAGAUAACAACCUCUUCUAAUGAAACAACCUCCCUACAUGCUCAAAGCAUGAGCAGCUCACCUUCAGUUACACCCUCCACAGAAACCAUCUCAGUAGACACAGGGCACACAACUGCAAUAGUUACUCAAGGUUCUACAACUUCCACCACACAGAUCUCUAUGACACCAUCACCACAAACACUCUCUACAACACCCAUCACAUCUACUCAGGGAUUUCCAACACUUUCUCAGGACCAACACACUGAAAGCCUGGAGACCAGUGGCAAACCUCAAACCACCAGCCACACAGAGGUGACCACAUUAACUCCUUCAUCCUCUUCAAGUGGUUCAACUCCCACACCAACAAGAUCCCAAGUGACAUCAUCUUCACAUGAAACAACCAACCCAUCUGCUUCUAGUGUCAGCAACAUGUCUCCAACCACACCAGACAUGCACAACCCAAUACCCUCUACAGACUCUGCUCCAGAAAACACAACUCCAGGAAUUACUCCAAGCUCAACAACCAGCACAGAAGUCUCAAUGACAUCUCCUCCACACUCACACUCUACAGUGUCAACACCCAUAACGUCUACUGAGGAAUCAUCAACACUUUCUCAGAGCCAACACACUGAGAGCAUGGAGACCAGCAGCAAACCUCCAACCACCAUUCCCACAGAGGUGACCACAUCAUCUCCUUCAUCCUCUACAAGUGGACCCUCUUGGACAUGGACUGUUUCCCAGGGAACAACUUCUCCUGAUGAAUCAACCACUCCACAUGCUCCCAGCAUGAGCAGCUCCCCUCCAAGUACAUCCUUCAGAGAAACCACCUCAGCAGACACAGGGCACACAACUGCAAUAGUUACUCAAGGUUCUACAUCUGCCACCACACAGCUCUCUAUGACAGCAUCACCACAAACACUCUCUACAACACCCAUCACAUCUACUCAGGGAUUUCCCACACUUUCUCAGAAUCAACACACUGAAAGCUUGGAGACCAGCAGCAAACCUCAAACCACCAGCCUCACAGAGGUGACCACAUCAACUCCUUCAUCCUCUUCAAGUGGAACCUCACUGACAUGGACUGUUUCCCAGGGAACAACCUCUCCUGAUGAAUCAACCACCCCACAUGCUCAAAGCAUGAGCAGCUCACCUCCAAGUACACCCCCCACAGAAACCACCUCAGCAGACACAAGGCACACAACUGCAAUAGUUACUCAAGGUUCUACACUUGCCAACACACAGACCUCAAUGACACCUUUAACACAGGAAUUGUCAAGUGUGUCAACACCCAUCAUGUCUACUCAGGAAUCCUCAACAAUAUCCCAGAACCAACACACUGAAAGCAUGGAGACCAGCAGCAAACCUCCAACCACCAGCCUCACAGAGGUGACCGAAUCAACUCCUUCAUCCUCUUUAAGUGGUUCAACUCCCACACCAACAAGAUCCCAAGUGACUUCAUCUCCACAUGAAACAACCAACCCAUCUGCUUCUAGUGUCAGCAACAUGUCUCCAACCACACCAGACACGCACAGCCCAACAUCCUCUACAGACUCUGCUCCAGAAAACACAACUCCAAGAAUUACUCCAAGCUCAACAACAACCAGAACAGGAGUCUCAAUGACAUCUCCUCCACACACACUCUCUACAGUGUCAACACCCAUCACUUCUAUUCAGGAAUCAUCAAUAUCCCAGAACCAACACACCGAGAGCAUGGAAACUAGCAGCAAAUCUCAAACCACCAGCCCCACAGAGGUGACCACAUCAUCUCCUUCAUCCUCUUCAAGUGGACCCUCUUGGAUAUGGACUGUUUCCCAGGGAACAACCUCUCCUGAUGAAUCAACCACCCCACAUGCUCAAAGCAUGAGCAGCUCACCUUCAGUUACACCCUCCACAGAAACCAUCUCAGCAGACACAGCGUACACAAUUCCAAGGAUUACUCCAGGCUCUACAACAACCUCCACAGAAGUCUCCAUGACAUCUUCACCACAGACAUUGUCAACUGUGUCAGCACCCAUAACAUCUACUCAGGAAUCAUCAACACUUUCUCAGAGCCAACACACUGAAAGCAUGGAGACCAGCAGCAAAUCUCAAACCACCAGCCACACAGAGGUUACCACAUCAACUCCUUCAUCCUCUUCAAGUGGUUCAACUCCCACACCAACAAGAUCCCAAGUGACAUCAUCUCCAUAUGAAACAACCAACCCAUCUGCUUCUAGUGUCAGCAAUAUGUCUCCAACCACACCAGACAUGCACAACCCAAUACCCUCUACAGACUCUGCUCCAGAAAACACAACUCCAGGAAUUACUCCAAGCUCAACAACCAGCACAGAAGUCUCAAUGACAUCUCCUCCACACUCACACUCUACAGUGUCAACACCCAUCACAUCUACUGAGGAAUCAUCAACACUUUCUCAGAGCCAACACACUGAGAGCAUGGAAACCAGCAGCAAACCUCCAACCACCAGCCCCACAGAGGUGACCGCAUCAACUCCUUCAUCCUCUGCAAGUGGACCCUCGCUGACAUGGACUGUUUCCCAGGGAACAACCUCUUCUGAUGAAACAACUACUCCACGUAUUUCCAGCACAAGUAGCUCACCUCCAAGUACAACCCCCACAGAAGCCACCUCAGUCAACACAAGGCAGACCCCUGUAAGUGGGAGUCUCAGUGUUGUCACAUCAAGAGCCUCAAGCACAACUCUAGCUCGACAAUCAACGAUGUCCUUGCAUAGCACUUCUACUCAGCAAUCGUCCACAUAUUCUCAGAGUUCCCGGACUGAAAGCAUGGCCACCUCCAGCUCAUCUCAAACCACCGUCCUCACAGGGAUGGCCACCGACAGCCAUUCAUCCUCUUCGCCCGGACCCACUGUGACAGAGGCCUUUUCUCAUGGGACGUCCUCCUCAGGAACAACCACGAGGGCAGACAAUGACAAAAGCACAUCACUCUCUGCAACCUCCUCGACCCUUACUACUCCCAGCACAACCACAGUCCCCAGGUCAACAGUAGCCCCGCCCCCCAUCCUAUCAGAUCAAGGCAUUUCCCUAUUCCCUUACGGGUCUCAAGUUGGAGACAGGCAGCUGUUUGCCCCGACUGUGGAUUUCACCUCACCAGUCUUCAAGCUUGCGAUUGGAUUCCCCCUUGGCUCUGCUCUGCGUGAUUCCUUCUACUUCACAGAUAAUGGCCAGAUCAUUUUCCCAGAGUCAGACUACAACGUCUUCUCCUACCCCAACCCACCUCAAAGAGGCUUCACAGGAAGGGACCGUGUGGCCAUGGUGGCCCCAUUCUGGGACGAUGCUGAUUUCUCCAGCUCCACAGGAGUCAUAUUUUACCAGGAGUACAGCACAUUUUUUGAUGAAAACAUCUGGCUAACGCGGAAGGUGGAGACUUUGAUUAGUGAGUUUACAGGUGACUGGAGCUACAAAGCCAAGUGGACGCUGAAGGUCACGUGGGUCAACGUCCUUGCCUACCCUGCUCAGGGGAGCUUUGGGACCAAUACCUACCAAGCCAUCCUCUCCACAGAUGGGAGCGUGUCCUACGCCCUGUUUCUCUACCAGAGCGGUGGGAUGAGGUGGGAUGUGAGCCAGCACCUUCAAAACCACGUCCUCAUGGGCUUCACCAGUGGAGAUGGGUAUUUUGAAAACAGCCCACUGACAUUCCGGCCGGCCUCGGAGAAGUACCGACCUGACCGAUUCCUGAAUUCCAGAUUAGGCAUCCGGGGGUUGCAGGUCUACAGGCUCCACAGGGAGGUGAGACCCAACUUCCGGCUCAAGUGUCUGCAGUGGUUGGAGAGCCAGCCUCAGCAGCCCAGCUGGGGCUGGAACCAGAUUUCCUGCCCUUGCUCCUGGCAGCAGGGGCGAUGGGACUUGCGGUUCUGGCCCGUGAACACAGGUUGGUGGAACAGCAGGCAGCUGUGCAGCUUCUCCUCCAGGGGAGGGGGCGUGUGCUGCAGCUAUGGCCCCUGGGGAGAGUUUCGGGAAGGCUGGAGAAUGCACAGUCCUUGGCAGUUUGACCAGGAGCGGGAGGCACAGAACUGGUGCUGCCACUGGAACAACAAGCCCUCCUUCUGUGUCCAGUACCAGCGCAGGCGGCCCCGCAUUAGCUGUGUGUGGUACAGGCCCCCACGGCCCGCUUGGACGUUUGGUGAUCCCCACAUCACCACUCUGGAUAAUGUCGGAUACACCUUCAAUGGGCUGGGAGACUUCCUGCUGGUCCAGGCCCAGGAUACGAAUUCCUCUUUCCGGCUGGAGGGCCGCACUGCCCAGACUGGCUCUGCCAAGGCCACGAACUUCAUUGCCUUUGCUGCUCAAUACAACACCAGCAGCCUGGGUUCUUCCAUCACAGUCCAGUGGUUCCUUGAGCCCAACGACAAAAUCCGAGUUCUAUGCAAUAACCAAACUGUGGACUUUCUCACCAGCCACACGGAAGGCUUGCCCACGUUCAAUUCCACUGGCGUCCUACUGACCCACAAUGGCUCCCAAGUCUCAGCCAACUUUGAUGGGACAGUGACUAUCUCCGUGAUUGCUCGCUCCAACAUCCUUCAUGCCUCCACCAGCCUCUCAGAGGAGUACCGAAACCACACAAAGGGCCUUCUGGGAGUCUGGAAUGACAAUCCCGAAGAUGACUUCAGGAUGCCCAACGGCUCCACCAUCCCGUCAAACAGCUCCGAGGAGACGCUUUUCCGCUAUGGAAUGACAUGGAAAAUCAAUGGGACAGGCCUCCUUGGGAUGAGGACAGAUCCUCUGCCUUCCAACUUCACCCCCAUCUUCUUCUCCCAACUGCUCACUAACAACACCUCAGAAGAAAACUUGGCUUCUGGGUGCAACGGAGACCGACAAUGCGAGUUUGACGUUCUGGCCACAGGAAACAAAAAUCUUGGACAGAACACCAACACGAUCUUCAAGACAUUCCAGCAAGCGAAUGGCACCCUCAAUCAGUUCCCACCCUCUAUCAACUGCUCCAGCAAGAUUCACGCCUACAAGGGGCAGACAGAGACCAUUGAGAUCGCCAGCGACUCUGAGAAUGUCACAUUCAGCCUCACCAACCCGUGCAGUGGCUUUAAACUCUCCGGGAACAGGAUGUUGCAGUGGACACCAACUUCCCCAGAAGCAUGUACCCUGGAGAUUCUAGCAAGAGACGCCAGGACUGGCUUGUCAUCCUCAUUCCAGCCCGAGUUGGUGGCUUGCUUCUGCAGUAAUGAGAGCCAGUGUUUGUACAGCGAGACCAGCAGGGAGGGCAAUUCUUCCCUCGAGGUGACCGGCUGCAAGUGUGACGGACUCAGCUUUGGCCGCUUCUGUGAACGCUCCAAGGACCUCUGCGAAGAGCCAUGCUUCCCGAACGUGCCCUGCAUUCCUGGGAAGGGCUGUGAGGCCUGCCCCGCAGGCAUGACCGGAGACGGGCGACAUUGCACAGCUCUAGAAAACCCUUUGUUCUGCCAAAACCACUCCUGCCCCGUGAGUUACUGCUAUAACCAUGGCCACUGCUACAUCUCCGGCACUCCAGACUGCCAGCCCACAUGUACCUGUCCUCCGGCGUUCACUGAUAACCGCUGCCUCCUGGCUGGGAACAAUUUCACCCCCACCAUCUCUAAAGUGCUUCCCCUGAGGACCAUUGUGCUCGCCCUCAGAGAAAAUGAAAACGCCUCCGCAGCUGACGUCAACGCCACGGUGGCAUACAAACUAGGGAACCUGGAAAUGCGCGCUUUUCUCUGGAACAGCGUAGUGGCACUGACACGGAUCUCUCCUGGAGCACAGCCCUCGAGCAUGUCCAUUCAUCACUGGGAGGUCGUGUCCCACUUCCAGUACCGUCCGAGGGGCCCGGUCAUCCACUAUCUGAACAACCAGCUGAUAGAUGCUGUGCUGGAGGCCUUCCUCCUCCAGGCUCCUCAGACGAGGCAGAAGAGGAGCGGAGAAGCCAGGACGAAUGUCCGCUUCUUCCCCAUCUCCAGGGCAGACGUCCAGGACGAGAUGGCCCUGAACAUAAGCAUGCUGGAAGACUACUUCACAUGUGACGGCUACGAGGGCUACCGCCUGGUCUACAGCCCCCAGGAUGGUGUCACCUGCGUGUCCCCAUGCAGUGAGGGCCACUGUCACAAUGGAGGCCAGUGCAAGCACCUGCCAGACGGACCCCAGUGCAGCUGCGCAUCCUUCACCAUCUACACCUCCUGGGGCGAGCACUGUGAGCACCUAAGUAUGAAACUUGGGGCAUUCUUCGGGAUCUUCUUCGGGACCCUAGGCGGCCUUUUGCUGCUGGGGAUCUUGGCAUUUGUGGCCUUUCAUUUCUGGGGCUGCUUCAUGAACAAGUCCUCCUACCCUUUGGACUCCGAAUUGUGAGGCCUUGCUCCAGAUGGUGGACUGCAUCUAGGAUACCUCAGGACCCACUCCGCCCCUGCUCUGGAGAGAAUGGAAAGGAGCUGCUGCUGAACAAAGAUGAUUUGCCAUUCUUCAAGAAAGAGUAAAGGGAGUGAAACCAGACCCGACCUUAUUAGUACGUCAGAGGUACAGGAAAAGACCACGAUGACCAAAUGUAUAGACGGAUGGGUUCCUCCACAGACACAUCUGAAAGGAGGAUACUGCCUCUGUAUGCACACACAUGUACCUACACACACACACACACACACACACACACAUACACACACACCCCAGAGAUAAUGGGUGACUGGCUCUACAGUAACCUAAAUGUUUUUACGUAUAACUGCCUUACUUCUCAUUUAAAAAAAAUCUAUUUAAAUAAAGUCUCUUUUUUGUGUGUCUAAA